AGAUACGAUUAGAAACAGUGCAGUUUUCUCUCUCUAACAAUAGUUGAUCUGAUGCAGUAUGCAGCAGAGUCAGAGUGAGCAAUUGGUAAGGCGAUGAGAGUGUGCAGCGGAUGGCGUCGUUUCCUCAUCUUUCUCCCUCUUAUUUUCAUUCUUCCUCUCUUCUUCUCCGUCAAGCAAUUGCAUCAUAACUCUAAUGUGGAAGAUUUGCCCAAGAAGAAACAAGGCAACAAAUCCAAUCACUUGGUUCUUGGACCUGCUGCUGGGCAAGGCUUGAGAAAUCGUCUCCAAUGCCAAGGCACCAAAGCUCUCAACCAAACCCAUUCGUCAGCCUCUUCCCAUGUGUCCAGUGGGGUGGAUGACAUUGCCUUUGUCACUGUCUUCACCAUAUACAACUCCACCAUUAAUGGGCGCGCCGACAAUCAACUGUCACAAUUGGUAACCGUUGGGAAUGCUUCUUAUAAUAAAGUGGAGAGGUCAAUGGCCAUCUUGAAUGUCUUCAUUAACUUCAUUCAGGUAUCAAUGCCCCGGAGCAAUGUAGUCAUUCUAACUGACCCAGAAUCGGAUCUUUCAAUGCACAGAAAUGGGGUCACUGUACAUCCAAUUCAAGGUGAAUAUUCACGUGACCAGUUGAUGCUUCAAAGAAUCAGGUCUUACAUUACCUUCCUAGAAACAAAGCUGGAGGAGCUUUCUCAGAAGCAGGGGCAUAUUCAUCAUUAUAUAUUCACUGACUCGGAUAUAGCUGUGGUUGAUGAUCUAGGAUACAUUUUUUGUGAGUACCCAAAUUUUCAUCUGGCACUCACGUUCCGAAACAACAAAGCUCAACCUCUGAAUUCAGGAUUUAUAGCAGUGAGGGGUACUUCCGAUGGCAUUUUAAGGGCGAAGAUUUUUCUGCAAGAAGUACUAAAAGUAUAUGGAUCAAGGUACAUGAGAGCUUCUAGAAUGCUUGGGGAUCAGCUAGCUCUUGCCUGGGUGGUGAAGUCACACCCAUCUUUUGAUGCGAAGAAAUUUACCAAAGCCCAAGCUUUCAUAGAGGAUAUUGGCGAUGCUUCAGUGUUGUUUUUACCCUGUGCUCUAUACAAUUGGACACCACCAGAAGGCGCAGGUCAAUUUCAUGGCAUGCCCUUGGAUGUUAAGGUUGUUCAUUUCAAAGGAUCAAGGAAACGCCUGAUGCUCGAGUCUUGGAACUUCUACAAUUCCUAUUCUGACAUUUCAGAUAUGUUGUGCCUGAUACUAAAGAGUGGGAGAACAAAGUACGAUUUCUGACCAACGUGAUUUGGUUUAGUGCAUAUAAGUUACGUACAACAAAGUUGAUCUGGACAUGCUGAUUUCAUUUGAGGAGAGAAGGAUACUAUUUGAUGAUUUUGAAACUGGAGAUGUAGAGUAACUAGUCUUCUAGUCACCUUGGACACUUGAAUUACAUAUUACGGAUUUGAUUGGGGACCUUCCAAUUUCAUUCAAAGAAGGUAGGAAACUAUUUAAAGAUAUUGAAAAUUGGAAAUAUACUAGUUUUCUGGUCGCCUUGGGCUCUUUUGGUUGCUCAAAUGGUUUUUCUGUUUCAGGGGUACAGCAAAGUUUGUUUUUGUGCUGAGUAAAUGAGCUAACUCUUCUAAGGUGUUCUUCCAUACCAGACACAGAUUUGGUAUUGCUGGAUGGAUUUAGCAGGGAAGAAUGACUGACUAGCUUCUAUUUGUAUCUUGUAAAACUGUUUUCGUUGCACUUUUUUCAUUUAUGGGGGGUA